AUGUCGAGCCAAUAUAUGUACGGCUCUCUGCAAGAGAAACAGAUCAGGCUGCUCAGCGUGACUGAGGACGAAAGCGCACCCCACGGCAUCGUUCUGGACCUUUCCGAGGUCGACUUGGAGGAUGCCAAAUAUACGGCGCUGUCAUACACAUGGGGGCGUCCAGAACCGUUGGAUAUGGAUCCAGCAUUCGACGAGGACAAGAUAUACCAGCUCCGAUGCGGAGGCGGCUUCUUGUUCGUUCGUCAGAAUCUUUUCGAUUUCCUCCAGCAAACCAGAACUCUUGGUCAUCCGGUGCCGUUACUGUGGAUUGAUGCUUUGUGUAUCAAUCAGGUGGACCUGGAUGAGAGAUCUAAGCAGGUUCUUCUUAUGAGCAAGAUUUACGCUUCUGCUCAACACGUUUGGAUCUGGCUAGGGGCCCGUGAUCCGAGCGAAGGGGCGCAUCGGAUACUGGACGAGUUCAUUCCCGCUGUCCUUGAACACUACAAAGAGCUUCUGGAAGAAUUUCAAUCAAAUGUCUUGUGGAGCUCUCAAGAAAGACUUAUCGAGAAGGCCAUUGGCUCAGAUGCCUGGUCAAUUUGGGCAAGUUCUUGGCGCGAGUAUGUAAAUCUUGUUCAGCGCUGCUGGUUUUCCAGAGGAUGGACGAUACAAGAAGUAGCCAGACCCGAUCUUUCGGCAAUCUCGGUCUUUGCAGGAACUCGAAAAUACCCCUGGUCGCAGAUUUAUUGGUUUCUUGAUUUGGUGAUGUCAAGUCGAUGGUUCUCCUACAUCCAAGAUCACACCGAUUCCGACUCGCAGCAUGCUUUACUCUGCGCAACCGGCCGACCACUAAUACUUGAGAGGAUUCGUCGAACGAUUGGUCCAUUCGAAGGAAGAACACAUGAGCAACAGUGGUAUGAAAGCUUACUCGAUACCAUGAUAGUGGCCGGAAGACAUGCAAUGUCAGACAAAAGAGACGUGAUCUACGCUUGCCUUGGGAUGAUGCUCCAAAUCGCACCAGAAGGAAUCGAGUCAGCUAUCGUUCCAGACUACAAUCUGAGCAUUGAGGAGACUUAUACAAGAUUUACAGGCGUACUUCUACAAAAGAUGUCUCAACUUCAAGUUUUAUCACUUGUUAAGAAUCAGGAAGAACGCAAUUACAAGAACAUGCCAUCCUGGGUACCUGAUUAUUCGAAUUUUCUGCGCGGAUCAGGAAACCCACUGGCACGCGAUACGCGUCGUCGGAGAACGGAUGGUGCAAGCAGCGUGAGUGCUGUGCCUCGAGUCAUUGGGAAUCGCCUCUAUCUCCACGGUGCUUGCCUUACGACAGUGAAGGAAAAGAUAGCAGGACAUGAAGUCACUGAUUUCUCGAACUAUAUUCUUGAUAUGUGUCGAGAAUCACGACAGUAUCCUGAACUCAUGCAAUCCAUGCGAGAGACUGUCUGGAACACAAUGGUGUGGCGAGAGUUGCCCCUUGGAAGAGAGGACCAGGAGAUUAUCUUUCAGCAAUGGCUUUUGCGUAGAUAUGAGACCGAAGUAUCCACGGAGCAUUUCGAAACGGACAAGGGCGCCGAGAUCCAAAAGUCCCUGGGAGCAGGUUUAUCCCCUGGGGUGUUCAGUAAGGAUUGGAUCCUCCACGUCAACGAAAGUUUUUCCAAAUAUGUUCAAGGACAUUCAAGAAUGAUGGAUCGCGCUUGCAUGUAUAUCGCCACAAAUGGACGGCUUGCAGUGGGUGCGUCGUGGCUUGAGCCGGGGGAUGAGAUUUGGAUUUUCGAGAAUGGUCAUCUACCCUUUUUACUGAGGCCAAACGCGGAUGGCGAGACGUACCGGUUGAUUGGCGAAACUUACAUGCAUGGUGUUAUGCGUGGAGAAGCAAUGACGGAUGAUUUCAUUUCGGAGUUUGGACCUGUUGUGCUUAUUUAA